ACAACUCGAAAAUGUCACAAUGACAGUGACAGUAUCCUCAAUGUAUUUUGUGUAAUUUUGUACACAUUAAACCUGUUUAACAUUUGAUUUAAUUCAUAAAAUCUAUUCAAAAAUCUAUAUUACUGUAUUUUUAAUACAGAAAAUGUAUUCUAACAUUAUUUUACCAAGGCAGUGGUCUAGAUUGGCCUGUUUCUGCCGGCUAUCUACUAUCGAAAGUCAGAAGCUCCCUCAAAGUGGUAAGUCAAGUGAUGGGAUUUCUCCACCGCCGCGAAUUCCAAGAAGCCCUACUGAUAUCUUACAAGCAUUGGCUGCGACUGUGGGGCCGGAUCCUACAGCUGCUCAUUACAAAUAUCACGAUGAUCCAUACUUGAUUCCACUGUCAAACUACCGUAAGCGAGCAUAUGCGUUGUCGGCGGAGGCUGGUCGCAAAGCCGCAGCGUGGGUCAGAGAUGAGCACGCCACUUUGUUCAACACCCGUGAGUGGGACCCACCAACCAAGCUGAAAACUCCUUACUACAACGCUGACCCGAUUAUUGACGCUUUCGCGCCCAGACCUAUUUAUAAUGAUGAGAGCAAGGUUACAGAAGAAGACUUAAAAUAUACAAUAAGUAAUGCCCUCUUAGAAGACUCAAUUAAAAUAUUCCAACUCCUUGGUGGCAUUGAGAGUAUCAGCGAAGAGACAAAAAUGGAUUUUUUACAAUUCCUAUGCUUUUAUAAUGAGAAAGAACCAGAUUCCAUGGAGUGGCUUGAAGAGAGGUGGUUUUCAGCAAAUGUCAGGGAAAGACAACUUAUGACUUGGAAAUUGGGUGGAUUAGCUGAUAAAAUCUUUGCUUCAAUAGAACCAAAAACUCCUGAAGCAUACUGUGCUAUCAUACAAGGAAUGGCAAAACAUUAUCAGGCAGAGAGAGCUCAUAUAUUGUCUCAAGAAGCUAUAGAAAAAGGAAUCCCUCUGUCUACAAGUGUCUUCAAUACUCUAUUGAGUUCUGUUGGUUUCCUAAAAGAAGGCACAGCUUUGCGUGCAGAAGCACUAAAGAGUUUGCUAACUCAGAUGGCAGAACUGGGCCUGUCACCAAAUCAAGAUACAUUAACGUCGUGUCUCCGAUCAGUCUCUGCUUGGGGUGGAGGCAAGACGUUACAGGAACUGGGACUGCAAAUCGUGGCCGAGUUCAAAAGACUGGGCAUUCAACCAGGACUCGCCGCCUAUUACCAUUUACUAUGUCUAUUUUGCAAAGAAAGGGGACCUCGCAUCGACAUACUAUCGGGUAUACUAGUUGAUUUGGAAAGUCGUGAAAAGUUAGAUGCUCAACAUCCUACAGACACGAACUUUUUCAUAACGGCUAUGGGUGUUUGCAGCGAUCACUUGCAGGAUAUAAACUUGGCAGAAAGGGUCCACGCCCUUCUUAUGAAAGGUGACAACUACAAACUGGUUGGAGACGCCUACAAAGAGAGCAUUUACUACAGACAUUUGGUCACAGUUGCGUGCAGACAUGCGCCCUUCGAAAGAACAACGCAUCUAUUGGACACCUUGGUACCUAAUGUUUAUGUACCAGAACCGUCAGUCAUGGAAGAGAUAAUAAAAACGCUGGAAGUGGCGGGUUCGGGCGAGCGCCUGGCGCAGGCGUGGUCGCAGCUCGUGGUGUUCGGCAUCGCCAAACGAGUGCGCCUCGUCGAGCGGCUGCUCAGCGCUAUGGCCAGCACCUACCAGUAUCAAACUGAAGAAGUAAAAGACAAAAUGCGAAAUGCAGCUGCGGAUAUACUGAAAUUCGGCAACUUAAGUGAGACAGAAAUGAAUCAAAAUGAUCGCAGAACACCAAUGCAAAAAUUGUCAGCAAAUGCCGUUUCGAAUAUAAUCGAGUUAUGUUCCGAUGUCAAAGACGGCUCAGAUACAAAAUGGGAGACAGUCUCUGAGGCCCUACAGAAGCUCAAGCAUUCUGAGGCCACUGGAGUGCCUAGCAGGCCGCAGGUGUUAGCUGAUGUAGCCCAGAAGGCCGCUAGUGUUGGGAAACUGGGAAUUGCUGCGUCGGCCGUGGAAUACCUAGCCGAGUGUGGUUUCGAAGAAGCAGUGCCGGCCAUCAUUCAAGCUCUAGGCGUAGUGCUGAACAGAUCCCAGGAAGAAGUCGAGACUCUACUGGAGAAGCCACGCGCGGAUCUUACCAGCUCCAUCCACCCGACGGCGUUGGGGCUCGUCGACGCUUACUACAUGGCCAAAACGGGAGCUCCCGCGAGAGAAGCCGACAGCACGACGAGCUCGGAUAGCGACGGCGAGUCCUCUUCGGAUGAUGAGUGAUGUAUUUAUUAGUUUUAUU